AUCACCAAGCGUCCGGAGCAGGGGCAAGUAAAUACUUCCGCCGUGUAGCAAUGGACUCAAACAAGGACGAAGCAGAGCGUUGCAUUAAAAUAGGUCUAAAUGCAGUCAGCAACAACCAACCAGACAAGGCCAGGAAGUUUCUAGAGAAAGCCCAGCGUUUGUUUCCGACAGACCAGGCCAAAAUCUUGCUGGAGAGGUUGUCGCAAAAUGGAAAGCCUCCGGACGAGCAUGGCGGAACUGUUAACGGAGAGGGACCCACCAUGAGACACCGACACCACAGAGAAGAGGCACAAACGUCCGCGCAGGGCCACGCAGAAUCAGCAAAGCCUUACACCGCCGAACAGCUGGAGGCGGUCAGGAAGAUUAAGGCCUGCAAAGAUUACUACCAAAUCCUUGGUGUAGAAAAGUCAGCGUCUGACGAUGAUCUCAAAAAAGCCUACAGGAAGUUGGCACUGAAGUUUCACCCUGACAAAAACCACGCGCCCGGCGCCACGGAGGCAUUCAAAGCCAUCGGAAACGCGUACGCCGUGCUGAGCAAUGCGGAGAAGCGGCGGCAGUAUGACCAGUAUGGAGAGGAGAGGUCGCACCCGAGCAGACACAGGCAGCACCGUGACUUUGAAGCAGAUAUUUCACCCGAGGACCUUUUCAACAUGUUCUUUGGCGGAGGCUUCCCAUCAAGUAAUGUACACGUUUACAGAAAUGGAAGAAUGCACUUUGCGCACCAUAAUAGGCAAGAAAGAAGAGAGCAGCAGAGAGAUGGAGGUCUUGCUCUGUUUGUCCAGCUGAUGCCCAUCCUUAUUCUCAUCCUCGUGUCUGCUCUCAGCCAGCUAAUGGUCACGCAGCCCCCCUACAGCCUUAGCUACCGCCCGUCAGCUGGGCACAUUCACAAAAGGCAUACGUCCCACCUGAAGGUGCCUUUCUAUGUGAGCGAGCGCUUCAGUGAAGAAUUCAGCGGAACUAACCUGAAGAACUUGGAGAGGACUGUAGAGGAAGACUACAUCUCCAACCUCAGGAACAACUGUUGGAAGGAGAAGCAGCAGAAGGAAGGCCUCAUGUACCGCGCUCGCUAUUUUGGCGACUCUGAGCUGUACCAAAGGGCGCAGAAGAUGGGAACUCCCAGUUGCAGCCGGUUAUCUGAGAUUCAGGUCAUACUGGACGGAUAGAGGACAGACAGACAUAGAUGGGGUCUUUGGUACUUGAAUCAGUUUUGGAGGACCCGGUCUGGAGGCCCCCCCCCCCCACCAUUCGGAGUGUAUUUGUGCCGCGAAACCAAGAGAAGAAAAGAAGCCUUCCGCACUCCAGCGGGCGGCAGACCUCAUCAGGGAACCCACUCUGACCUCCCGUGCAAACAAGCCACAAGAAAUGUUGGCUGACAUUUUUCUUCCCUCUCUUCAGGACGGCCAGGUGGUCCGUCUGGUGGUCCGGUGAAUGAAGCUGCUAAAUUGAGCUUUUCUCUAUCCCUUUCUUUUUGUUUGUUUUUUUGAGAAACCUCUCGGCCUUCUCGUGUGUCUUGAGACACUCACGAGGAAAGUGUGUAAUUUUUUUUAAUAGUUCUUUCUAGUGUAAAUAUUGAUUUAGACUUUUUAACAGUGUAGAAUUAUUAUUAUUAUGAUAUUAUAGUGAAUUUGCUCAGCAGCCCGUCGGAUCAAGAUCAUUGAAACUGAUUGCACAAGUAAACCUUAUUUAUUAAAUUAACAAGCUAAAAGAAGUUGUAUAAUGUUGUUUUUUUCCAAUAAAUUUUGUUCGGAAUAAUGGGAAAUGUAUUCAAUGCCAGAGACCACACACGCUACUAUAGAAAAUAAUUUAUUUCCAGUACAAAAAGCGAUAACAUUUGAGAGAGCAAUUAUAUGUCUUUUACAUUUUUUUAAAAAAGAUACACCCGCAGGUGAUGAGCUGCCUUGUUUGCAAGUACAAGUUGAGGAUGGUGCGCUUGGUGCCAUUUUUUUUUUAAGUCCUCAGAGGUAGGAGUGUGUGUGGCGA